GGAGGAGGUCUGGGCGGGCUGAGGCCGGGGUGAGGCGAGCGCGCGGCAGGCGGGCCGCAGGCCCUGGGGGCACCACCAUGGUGGGACAUCUCCCGCGGCUGCCGAGACCGCAGCAGCAGCAGGAGCGGCCGAGCAGGCCCGGGGGCUGAGGCCGGGCCUUCCGGUAGUGAGUCUCCGAACACUGCCGCGUUGGAACGCGAUUCCUCCCUCUCGCUUUCCUGGGGCGCAGACGGCGACUCUGCCGGAUGAUGCGCGCCCCCGGCUGUCCCGGAGGCUGAGCCCACAGCCCAGCGCUUCUCCCUCGCCCUCCCAGCCGCCCCCGAUGGCUCUGCCCGGGGCCGAGGGCUUGGCCGACACGCUAGUGUCCCCGGACCAGGGAGCCCCCGCCGGCUCGGCGUCCUCGUCGUCCGCCUCCUCCGGCGGCUCGGCCUCGGCGGGCGCGGGGCUGUGGGCCGCGCUCUAUGACUACGACGCGCGCGGCGAGGACGAGCUGAGCCUGCGGCGCGGCCAGCUCGUGGAGGUGCUGUCGCAGGACGCCGCUGUGUCCGGCGACGAGGGCUGGUGGGCCGGCCAGGUGCAGCGGCGCCUCGGCAUCUUCCCCGCCAACUACGUGGCUCCCUGCCACACGGACGGGCGCCCCGCGCCGCCGCCCGCGCCCCCGCCCCCGCGGCCCGGCUCGCCGGUGCACGUAGACUUCGAGCUUCUGGAGCUUAAGGAGCUCAUCGGCGCCGGCGGCUUCGGGCAGGUGUACCGCGCCACCUGGCAGGGCCAGGAGGUGGCGGUGAAGGCAGCGCGCCGGGACCCGGAGCAGGACGCUGCAGCGGCGGCCGAGAGCGUGCGGCGGGAGGCGAGGCUCUUCGCCAUGCUGCGGCACCCCAACAUUAUUGAGUUGCGCGGCGUGUGCCUGCGGCAGCCACACCUAUGCCUGGUGCUGGAGUUCGCCCGCGGCGGAGCGCUCAAUCGCGCUCUGGCCGCGGCCAAUGCCGCCCCGGAUCCCCGCGUGCCCGGCCCGCGCCGCGCGCGCCGCAUCCCCCCUCAAGUGCUGGUCAACUGGGCUGUGCAGAUCGCGCGGGGCAUGCUCUAUCUGCACGAGGAGGCCUUUGUGCCCAUCCUGCACCGGGACCUCAAGUCCAGCAACAUUUUGCUGUUGGAGAAGAUAGAGCAUGAUGACGUGUGCAAUAAGACUUUGAAGAUCACAGAUUUUGGGCUGGCGCGGGAGUGGCACCGGACCACCAGGAUGAGCGCAGCGGGCACCUACGCCUGGAUGGCCCCAGAGGUCAUCAAGUCAUCCUUGUUCUCCAAGGGAAGUGACAUCUGGAGCUAUGGAGUGCUGCUGUGGGAACUGCUCACGGGAGAAGUUCCCUAUCGAGGUAUCGAUGGCCUUGCUGUGGCUUACGGGGUGGCAGUCAAUAAGCUCACACUGCCAGUUCCAUCCACCUGCCCUGAGCCGUUUGCCAAGCUCAUGAAAGAAUGCUGGGAACAAGACCCUCACAUUCGCCCGUCGUUUGCCUUAAUUCUUGAACAGCUGACUGCUAUUGAAGAGGCGGUGAUGACUGAAAUGCCUCGAGAGUCUUUUCAUUCCAUGCAAGAUGACUGGAAAGUGGAAAUUCAACAGAUGUUCAAUGAGUUAAGAACAAAGGAAAAGGAGCUGCGGUCCCGAGAGGAGGAGCUGACCCGGGCGGCGCUUCAGCAGAAGUCCCAGGAGGAAUUGCUGAAGCGGCGUGAGCAGCAGCUGGCUGAGCGGGAGAUUGACGUGCUGGAGCGGGAGCUGAACAUUUUGAUAUUCCAGUUAAACCAGGAGAAGCCCAAGGUGAAGAAGAGGAAGGGCAAGUUUAAGAGAAGUCGUUUAAAGCUCAAAGAUGGACAUCGGAUCAGCUUACCUUCAGAUUUCCAGCACAAGAUAACCGUGCAGGCCUCUCCCAACUUGGACAAACGGAGGAGUCUGAACAGCAGCAGUUCCAGCCCCCCCAGCAGCCCCACCAUCCUGCCCCGGCUCAGAGCCAUACAGUUGACUUCAGAUGAAAGCAAUAAAACUUGGGGAAGGAACACAGUCUUUCGGCAAGAAGAAUUCGAAGAUGUAAAAAGGAAUUUCAAGAAAAAAGGUUGUACAUGGGGACCAAAUUCGAUUCAAACAAAAGAAAGAACUGAUUGCAAAGAAAGGAUAAGACCUCUCUCAGAUGGCAACAGUCCUUGGUCAACUCUCCUAAUAAAACAUCAGAAAGCUACACCCUUGGCUUCGUUAUUUGUGGAGCAGCCAGGGGUUUGUGAAGAGCCAAAACUUUCCCCUGAUGAGUUAGAACACAGAAAACCAAAGCAAAUAAAGUUGCCUAGUCAGGCCUACAUUGAGCUACCUCUUUGGAAAGAUGGUCAGAGAGAGAAUCCUGUGGAAGCCAAAAGCUGGGAGGAAAGAAGCUCUGUGAACUCUGCCACGGACUCUCCUCAGGUGACCCCUACAAACAGUUUGAGUAGAUCCCCCCAGAGAAAGAAAACGGAGUCGGCUCUGUACAGGUGCACCAUGCUGCUGGCGUCUGUCGCUCUGGGACGAGAUGUCGGAGAGCUUACUAAGUCACAGGCUGCUGAAGAGCCCUGGCCCAAGGAGGAGAAGAAGAAGCGGGACGGGCUUUUCCAGCGGGCCUCCAAGUCACGCAGAAGCACUAGUCCUCCCGCGAGGCUGCUGUCCACAGGUGGGGAGGCCAGCAGCCCACCUCUGCUGCCACUACCAAGUGCUGUGAGCCUUCUCUCCAUGCCGUCCCUCUCCACCAAGUGCCUGCUGGAAAUGGAUGGUGAAGACCUGUCCAUGGGCAGCACACCUUGUGACCCCAAGAUGUCUGCUCCAGAUUUUUGUCCUGCUAUUCCAGGAAGUAGAUGUGAGCCUGCCCCCAUGCCAGCACUUGGGACUGGUCACAGUGCAUCUGAAAGCCUGCCUCCUUCCUUCCUAGAGCAGACACCUGGGAAUGGGCCUGACUGUGCUUCUUCAAAAGAUAGAGCAUCACAUCACAGACGGACCAUGUCUGAUGGAAGUCGGACCUCAACUGGUACAGCUUUUCUCUCAGCCACCCCAGCCUGUGAACUGCCUCUCCACUCCUCCUCUGGUCCUCUACGUCACCAGCCAGGCGAGAUCUCCUCUGGGACACAUGGACCUGUCAGUGCCCUUCCCCGGCCUCGCCCUGCCUCCUUGAGAAGCCCAGUCGGUCGGCCGCAAGCUGUCCCACAGAGAGCAAGGCCUCCCCCUGCAAAGGCCACCUGUGCACGGGGCUGUCCGGGACCAAGCCCUACCCAUUUCCUUGGUGCCAAGGAAAGAACUAAAUUCUAUGUACCUUCAUUACUGGACGCGGACAUGGAAGGUCAGAGCAGGGACUGCACUGUCCCUCUGUGCAGAAUGAAGAGUCAAACUAGCCAACCGUCUAUAUAUGAGCUGGAGAAAGAAUUUCUGUCUUAAAUUAAGUGCCUUGUAUUAUUUAAGCAUUUCUUUCUUCCUGGUAUUUUUCUUUUAAGGUGAACAAAUGAAUACAAUAUAUCUACCUUUGAAUUGUUUCAUGCUGCCCUGCUUUCAAAAGCUGUGGCCAUGUUACUAAAUUAGUAAUGGACAGUUAACUUCUCCAAACAACGAAUCUGAUCGCUAUUAGCCGUUGUAUUUUGUUUUCUAGUGGAUUCUUCUCUAGUGACUUGAACUACACAAAAGUGUAAAGCAAGAAAUGCGUACCCAUGACAAUUAUGCUGGGUAGAAUUAUCUUAAGCACAGUUACAAUGUUCUGUCCUCAUUUAUAUUCUUGUCUGUUAGUCCAGAACAGAGAUUGUGAUGAGGCGCAUUGGGUUUGCUUCCUUUUUUUCCUUUUCUUUCCUUUUCCCUUCCUUUCCCUUUCCUUUCCUUCCUUUCCUCUUUCUUUUCAACAAAAAGCCAAGAAAGAGCUAUGAGUUCUUGGCAAGAAAAAUGUGAUAUUUGUAAGUAAAGGUAUUUUUUUUAAAUCUGAUGACUUGAAUACAGAAUCCUAUUUCAACUACUUAACCCCAGCUGUAGGCUCAUAAGGCAUAACUAUGUCCAAUCUCACCUAAAUUAUGCAAUGAUAUUUCUCUCUAAGAAAAUUUUACUAAAUAACUUAUAAAAGUUUUACUGAAUAUAAAUUAUAAACCUUUUAUCCAUUAGAAUUCCAAAGCAGAGUUUAGAAGAUUAGUCAUUGACAUUUAGCUGAGACUAUAUUGUAUGUCCCUGGGCAAGGCUAAUCUUUAGGUUUUUCUUUUAGAAAGGCUCUUCUGGGCGGCGCCUGUGGCUCAGUGGGUAGUACGCUGGCCCCAUAUCCCAAGGGUGGCAGGUUUGAGCCCAGCCCUGGCCAACCUGCAACAAAAAAAUAGCCAGGUGUUGUGGCGGGUGCCUGUAGUUCCAGCUACUCAGGAGGCUGAGUCAGGAGAAUCGCCUAAGCCCAGUACUUGGAGGUAGCUGUGAGCUGUGGUGCCACGGCACUCUACUGAGGGCAAUAAAGCGAAACUCUGUCUCUUAAAAAAAAAAAAAAAGAAAAGAGAGGGCUCUUCUGACAUCAGUAGCCUUUAUAUGGUUUUUAGAAGUGAAAGGUUUUCCAUUCUUCAGUAGAAUUUUUAAAAACUAAAUUACACGCGCCUAGCUCUGUUUGUGUGUAUCAUGUGUUGCAAACUGUUAUGUGCUUUAGUUUUAUUUUUCGAUUUGAACCUAUAUUCUGAUACAAUCCAGAAUACACUCAAACACUGCCAACUCAAUAAACAGCCGUACAAUAUUGUUAGAAUUUAAGUAUUUUGUGACUGUUUAACAUUUCGUGUAAUUGUGGCUAAAUGUUAGACAUCUGUUGAGAUACAGUGGCAAUGACAACUCUGUCAUGGGUUACUAUCAGAAGUGAGUGUAUAAAAAGGGUCUUUGCAUAGCAAGUUGGUGUUUUAAGUGAUUUAAAAUUAUUUAUGACUCACUUUUACAAUCAUAUGUGUAGGUUAUCAGUAGACUACUAGAUUAUUGCUACAGAAAUGGCUAGCCAGGAGCUUGGUAAAUUUGUGGAGUUUUGUUAAAUCUAUUGUUCUUUCUGUCUCUAGAAUAUGGUUAUUCAGAAGACAGACAAUAAAUAUUUAAGUUUUCCAUAUAAGGAAAAAUGAAAUUAAAAACAUUGCUUGCUAUUAUUUAAGAUUAUACCUUGGUUAAACUGAAUAACUUAAAUGUCAGCAAUUUAAAAUAAAUUCCAUAAAGUGUGAUGGAAUACCUAACCUUAGGUAAUAGGGGAAAAGGGGAAACCAUAUUCUUUGGCUCUUUUGGAACAUCUUAGUCACCAAGCAGGUACGCCCAACAGAUGACAGACAGAGUGAAAGGACUUUGUGAACAUAGUGCUUUUUGCCCUAAUGGAAAUAAUCUUGCUUCUGGGAUUCUUGCAGCAAAAGCUCAGGUACUUACUUUGUCUUCUUGUAUUAUCAUCCAUUCUGUUGUUCAUUUUCACUUUCCAGUGGUUACUGAGUUACGUAAGAGAGAUUUGGUUUCCUCAAAAUUUUGUUACACUUGAAACUAAGGUUAGCUGGUUUUAUUCAGUGUUUUAGGAACAUGUAAGAGUAAAGGAAAGCCUUGCCUAAAAUGAUCAGUACAUGAAAGAAAAAGAAUAGAAACUAUGUCCAUGGUUUUGCUUCUACCAAAACAUGCCUUCUAUGUGUGUGCGUGCUUGUGGGGUGUGUGUGUGUGUGUGUUGUGUGGGUGUCCAUCUAUCUAAUCUCUGUCACCCCUCUUCCUGCUCCCGUUAGCUUUAUUUUAGUCAAUUCUACAUUGUGAUGAAUCUAGAAAUAAAGCUACAUUAAAAAGAUAGUUGCAAUAUAAGAAUUCAGUUUCACAUGUCAUUGCACAUAGAUAUUUUCUGCCGUGAUCUGUUGUAUAUUUGUGAUUUUCUUUGUGUGUUAGUGAACUUAGUAGAAUCUGGUUAUUUAUUUUUUAUAGGCUUAAUAGCUCACUGAAAGGUAAAUUAAGCUGAUUAUUAUUAAUCAACAAUUAAGGUGCUCCCACUGCAGAAAUUUAAGGCAUGGACCUGAUGUGCUAUAUUAUGAGGCCUUGUGACUGUAAAAGAUGUUUACAUAUGUUGUCUAUUUUUUUAAUAAACUUUUUAUAGCUGGUCUAUUUGCUCAAUGGCUUUGAUAUAUUCCUAAUGAUUGUGAUUAUAGUUUGCAAUGGUUUACUUUGUAUUCAAUAAGAAAAACUAUGUUAAUAAAGAUUAAUAAUGCUUAAUGAGCCAGGUCUUACUUACCAUGCUAAAUUCAUUAAAGUGGAGAUUACUAAAUGAGUCAGGGGAUUAAA